UCUUUUGUGUCGACUUCGUUAAACAAUAAGGAAGGUAGAAAAUGGAACAGGAAGAAUUGCUGUUUAUUCUGUGGAAAGCAGCAAGCCAAGUUUGUCAGACAUCUGACAAGAAAGCAUAGCAAAGAAAUAGAAGUUCAGAAAUUGUUAAGCUUUCCGAAAGGCUCAAGCAAGCGACUUGAAGAAGCUAAAAAACUAAAACACCUUGGAAAUUAUCAACACAACAUUGGAGUAUUAGAAAAUGGAAAAGGGGAAUUACUGGUAGCAAAACGCCCCAAGAGGAGACAAGUUUCCGCUGUCUCCGACUAUGCCCCCUGUGUUCAUUGUAAAGGAUUUUUUGUUGCCUCUUUAUUAUGGCGGCACUCUAAAGUCUGUGAAUCAAAGGAUAACUCUUUGGAUCACAAGGGUGGUGCAUUGCGUGUUGGCAAGACACUUGUCGCUGUGUGUGAAAAUUCUGACUGGAGCGAUGAUUUGUUCUUAGAUAUGAAAGAUGAUGAAAUUGGAAUGAUAAUCAAACAGGACAAAAUAAUCCGCCAUCUUGGAGUUGAACUUUAUAAAAAAAAUGGUAAAGAAAGUCUGGCCUACGUCCAAGUCAAUAUAAGAGAAAUAGCGAAAUUGGUCCACGCCUUAAGACAAAAUAACAGAAAUAGAAUUAUGUGUAUGAAGGACAUUUUGAAGCCCAGUAUGUUCGAUCAAGUAAUUGAAGUAGUGCAUGAGUUGUCCACUGGACUUCAUGGAAUUCCUUCGUUAGUUUCAAGAAUAGGUUAUUUAUUGAAAAAGUGUGGACAGAUUUAUUUAGGUGUUGCCAUUUGUGACCAGGAUAAAAGUGUUGAGAAGGAUGUAACAGAUUUUUUGCAACUGUAUGACAAGGAAUAUUCUCAAAAGUUAUCAUCUAUUGUUUGCAAAACCAGAGCAACAGAAAAACAAAACAAGAUGGAAAUUUUAUCAAUUACACAAGAUAUCAUAAAGUUACAGAAAUAUGUUCACGAAAUGAUGUACUUAGUCAUCCAGACAUAUAACCCAAAGAAUGAUUUCAAAGAUUUGGCAACAAUUACAUUGAGUCAUUUAAUCAUGUUCAAUACAACAAGAUCUGAGGACGUGUCGAGAAUGCUGAUAUCAGAUUUCAUCAGUCGGCCUGAUACAACAAGUACCAACUGUGAUCUGAUGUCGCCAACAGAGAAAAAAUUGACAGAGAGGUUAUGUCUUGUCGACAUCCAUAGAAAACGGGGACGAGGCCUUCCAGUUUUAGUACCACCAGAUGCCGUCAAAGCCAUCAAUUUACUUGUUGAUGCCGAUAAUAGAAAAAACGCUGAGAUAAAUCCAGAGAAUAAUUUUGUAUUUCCGAUAUCUGAAAACAGCACCGAUAACAUUAAUGGACAUGAUGCCUUAUCUUCAACAGUAGAUACAGCUGACUUGAAGGCACCAGAAACUAUAAAGAAUACAUUAUUACGAAGGUUUAUUGCAAAAGUCUCUCAGAUUUUAAUCAUGAAUGAAAAUGAAAUGGACUGGUUGGUAGUGUACUUGGGAUGUGAUAGAAGUAUCCAACAGAAGUUUGAUAGGCUGAGGCACUACGACGUAGAGUUGGCCAAAGUUGCCAAGCUUCUGUAUGCUGUAGAUACUGGAAAGAUCCAUAAGUUAUCAGGAAAAAAUCUGGAUGAGAUAGAUAUUGAUGGUGAUAUACAAGAUUUGAUUGGUGAAUCUGGUGAAACAGAAGACAAGACAGUUGCUGAAUCUGGUGAGGGUGAUGGUGGUGGUGGCCAUGAUGAUGGUGGUGAUGAUGAUAAUGAUGAUGGUGAUGAUAAUGAUGAUGAUGCUGAUAAUGAUGAUAAAGUUGUUGGUAAAAGAACCAUUACUAUGGAAGCAGGGGUAACUAAUAAAAGAGCUAAGAGACAAGCUGUCCCGAAAAAUGAAAAAUCUUUUGUGUCGACUUCGUUAAACAAUAAGGAAGGUAGAAAAUGGAACAGGAAGAAUUGCUGUUUAUUCUGUGGAAAGCAGCAAGCCAAGUUUGUCAGACAUUUGACAAGAAAGCAUAGCAAAGAAAUAGAAGUUCAGAAAUUGUUAAGCUUUCCGAAAGGCUCAAGCAAGCGACUUGAAGAAGCUAAAAAACUAAAACACCUUGGAAAUUAUCAACACAACAUUGGAGUAUUAGAAAAUGGAAAAGGGGAAUUACUGGUAGCAAAACGCCCCAAGAGGAGACAAGUUUCCGCUGUCUCUGACUAUGCCCCCUGUGUUCAUUGUAAAGGAUUUUUUGUUGCCUCUUUAUUAUGGCGGCACUCUAAAGUCUGUGAAUCAAAGGAUAACUCUUUGGAUCACAAGGGUGGUGCAUUGCGUGUUGGCAAGACACUUGUCGCUGUGUGUGAAAAUUCUGACUGGAGCGAUGAUUUGUUCUUAGAUAUGAAAGAUGAUGAAAUUGGAAUGAUAAUCAAACAGGACAAAAUAAUCCGCCAUCUUGGAGUUGAACUUUAUAAAAAAAACAGUAAAGAAAGUCUGGCUUACGUCCAAGUCAAGAUAAGAGAAAUAGCGAAAUUGGUCAAUGCCUUAAGACAAAAUAACAGAAAUGGAACAAUGUGUAUGACAGAAAUUUUGAAGCCUAGUAUGUUCGAUCAGGUGAUUGAAGCAGUGCAUGAGUUGUCCACUGGACUUCACGGAAUUCCUUCGUUAGUUUCAAGAAUCGGCUAUUUACUGAAAAGGUGUGGGCAGAUUUAUUUAGGUGUUGCGAUUCGUGACCAGGAUAAAAGUGCCGAGAAGGAUGUAACAGAUUUUUUGCGACUGUAUGACAAGGAAUAUUCUCAAAAGUUAUCAUCUAUUGUUCGCAAAACCAGAGCAACAGAAAAACAAAACAAGAUGGAAAUUUUAUCAAUUACACAAGAUAUCGUAAAGUUACAGAAAUAUGUUCACGAAAUGAUGUACUUAGUUGUCCAGACAUAUAACCCAAAGAAUGAUUUCAAAGAUUUGGCAUCAAUUACGUUGAGUCAUUUAAUCAUGUUCAAUACAACAAGAUCUGAGGACGUGUCGAGAAUGCUGAUAUCAGAUUUCAUCAGUCGGCCUGAUACAACAAGUACCAACUGUGAUCUGCUGUCGCCAACAGAGAAACAAUUGACAGAGCGGUUAUGUCUUGUCCACAUUCAUCGAAAACGGGGACGUAGCCUUCCAAUUUUAAUACCACCAGAUGCCGUCAACGCCAUCGUUUUACUUGUUGAUGCCGAUAAUAGAAAAAACGCGGAGAUAAAUCCAGACAAUAAUUUUGUAUUUCCGAUAUCUGAAAACAGCACCGAUAACAUUAAUGGACAUGAUGCCUUAUCUUCAACAGUAGAUACAGCUGACUUGAAGGCACCAGAAACUAUAAAGAGUACAUUAUUACGAAGGUUUACUGCAAAAGUCUCUCAGAUUUUAAUCAUGAAUGAAAACGAAAUGGACUGGUUGGCAGUGUACUUGGGAUGUGAUAGAAGUGUCCAACAGAAGUUUGAUAAGCUGAGGCAGGACGACGUAGAGUUGGCCAAAGUUGCCAAAAUUCUUUAUGCUGUUGAUACUGGAAAGAUCCAUAAGUUUACUGGGAAAAAUCUGGAUGAGAUAGAUGUUGAUGGUGAUAUACAAGAUUGGAUUGGUGAAUCUGGUUCAACAGAAGACAAGACACAUGCUGAUUCUUAUAUUGAUGAUGGUGAUGAUGAUGUCUUAUCAACUGCUGUUAAUAGAACCAGUACUGUGGAAGCUGGGGUAACGGAUAAAAGACGAGCUGUAAAGAGAAAUGGAAAGCUGUGUUUCCAUGUGAAAUGGGGAGAUAAAGAGAAGAAUUUUGUGAGAGAUUAUUUCCGUUCUAAUAUCUCGGACAUGAAUGUUUCUGGUGUGGGAAAGGCCAGAUGUGAAGACGCUCUGAAAAAAGGCGGAUCUCUUUUCAAAAACAGGACCUGGGUUCAAGUAAAGAGCUGCGUGAAAAAUUUAAUUAACAAAAAUAAAAAGAAGAUAACGAUGCAAUCUGGCUUAUAAAAUUAGCCCGUCGGGUUUAUGAUGUCCCUUCCAUCCAGCGUUUCAAAUUUUCAUACCCUGGGGUCAGAACCAGGGCCGCAGAAGGAAAGAUGCAAAGUCAUAUAUUAGAAUACACCAAAUGGACUGAUAUGGAAGAAUGGCUCUUUUUGCAGUUAUAUGUACCAGUUUCGACUGACUGACACCUGACAGUGACACCUGUCAGUUAAUCAAUGUACAUGACAUAAAUUUAACCAUAAAUCACAAUCAGUACAGUUCCUUUUAAAGAGUUUAUGUGUAAAAAUGUCACAAAUGAAUCCAAAAAUAAAAUUGGGAUAAUGGCA